AUUUCUUAUGAAACCUGUAAAAGUAUCUCGUAUUAAAAUAUAUAUAAUAAAUUUCAUACCAAUUUAUUUCCAGAAAAUGGUUCGGUACGCCACAGAACCAGAAAACCCUACCAAAUCGGCCAAGGCCAGAGGGUCAUACUUGAGAGUGCAUUUCAAGAACACAAGGGAAACGGCCCAGGCUGUAAAACACAUGCAUGUCAAAAGAGCCACAAGAUACUUGAAAAAUGUGAUGGGCAUGAAAGAAUGUGUACCUUUCAGAAGAUUUAAUCAUAGAAUUGGAAGAACCGCACAGGCAAAACAAUUCAACACAACACAAGGUAGAUGGCCCAAGAAAAGUGCUGAAUUUCUCCUUCAGUUGUUGAAAAAUGCUGAAAGUAAUGCUGAAUACAAGGGUUUAGAUGUUGAUCACUUAGUGAUUGAACACAUAAUGGUUAAUGAGGCUCCCAAGAUGAGAAGGAGAACAUACAGAGCUCAUGGUCGAAUUAACCCCUACAUGAGCAGUCCCUGCCAUAUAGAAGUUAUCUUGGCAGAAAGAGAAAUAGCAGUACCUAAACCUGGAGGUACAGAGGAGGAACCAACAAAGAAAAAAGUUUCUCAGAAAAAACUCAAAAAGCAGAAAAUGAUGAUGAGAGACUAAAUAUUUUAAAUAAAUUGUGGUUCCAAAUGA